UUCACAAAUGAAUAUUCAUUCAUUUCAAGCCAAAAAUUGCAGCAACAAAGGAUCAAAUCCGCAACCCUUCUUCUCAAUUCUUCUCCAAAAUUCAAAUGAUCAUAACUUCUUCGUUUCUCAACGAAAUUUAGCGAUUCUUGCGGCCACGGAACGAGGAAACGAUUAUCUACAGCUCUAUGGGUUGAAUUUGAGCUUCCAUGGAAGGUUUUUGAUGAUGAAUUUGGGCAUGAAACCUUCGGCCAAGAGACAAUCAUCAAGACUCGAAGAAGCGACUAUCGACAAGGCUCGGAAUUUAGAAGAUUGUGACAUCGCUUAGCCGCUUUAAAGUAUAUGGAUAGCAAGUGGUGAGUACACUUUAAAUUACUCGUUAAUAUUCAUAAAGCUACGUAUUUUAAUACGAAAAGCUAUAUGAAUAUUUAUAUAUUUGAGAUGUUUACUUUUAAAAUGUAUACGUAUGUAUGCUUUGAAAAUGAUGCUUUAUCGUAAUAUGUUAUUUUGAUAAUAACAUAAAUGUUAAGACACCGGGGAUGGGUAAAGUAAAAUGACAUAAAUCGAACCAAAUACAAAUAAGAAAAAUAUAGUACAUGCCUAUAUGUACUAUUAUUCAUAUAUUUAUAAAGAUACAUUGUACGUUCCUACACGUACUUUUAAUUAUAAUGAAUACCCAUACGUGCGUGUGUUAUAGAUGUAUGCUUGUAGAUUGUAAUGUGCAUGUCAUGGUCCAUAAAGGAUCAAGAAAACCCAACAUAAAUCAUCGAAAUGAUAAAUACAUGAGAUAAGAAAAAGUGAACUCUGACAUAUUCAAUAAUAAGAACUGAGAUAUAAGGUGGAACUCGGUAGAAUUAUCCCGGGACCUGUAUCUCAUCCAUUCUCGAUGA